UGAAAUUUAGCUGGGAUGUCGUGAAACCGUUCUUGUCCUCGACCCAGUUACGGAAAAUUCUUCCAUCAUUUCCGCACUGCUGCUGCUGCUGCUGCUGCUGCUGCCGCUGCGUGUGUCUGCUCCCUCGGUGUGGCAGUGGUCUGGGAUGGACUAGCCGCGCCUGCGCAAUACGCUGCGUUGUUGCUGCUCUCUCGCUCCCUCCCUCUCUCGCUGAAGAGUCGAUGCUGCCAAGGAAACACACAUGCGAGGUAGCCAGCGGACACAGAUUUCUGGAUUUCGGCGGCAGCCCUAGUUCAUGUGAUUCUCAUUAGUUGGGAGUCAGAGAUAUGUAAACCCAACACAAGCCCCCAGCCGCAAAAGAAGAGAGGAGGCGUCUACGUCUGCGAAUACAGGUAUUGUGAGGAGCAGGUGAGCGUGUGUCAUCAUGCCCCUGGUGAAGCGAUGUAUCGAGCCCAGGCACCUGUGCCGCGGGGCGGUGCCCGACGGCGUGACCAGCGAGCUGGAGUGUGUGACCAACAGCACACUGGCCGCCAUCAUCAAACAGCUGGGCAGUCUCAGUCGCCACGCGGAGGACAUCUUUGGGGAGCUGUUCAACGAGGCCAACAGCUUCUACAUGCGCAUGAACAACCUGCAGGAGAGGGUGGACCUGCUCGCCGUCAAGGUUACCCAGCUAGACUCCACCGUCGAGGAGGUCUCCCUCCAGGACAUUAACAUGAGGAAGGCCUUUAAGAGCUGCAUCACCCAGGAUCAGCAGGUGGUGUCCAGGAACUCCAUCCCCAACCCAGUGAUGGAGAUCUACCACCUCGGCGACAAGCCACCACCUCUCAAUAUACUCAGCCCAUACAGGGAUGAUAAGAAGGAUGCGCUGAAGUUCUACACCGACCCCUCCUACUUCUUCAUCCUGUGGAAGGAAAAGAUGCUGCAGGCCACUGAGGACAAGAGAAAAGAGAAGAGGAGGCAGAAGACUGGAUGCCCCGCCCACUCAGACCAGGUCCGACCUCAGUCUCGACAGGCCACGCCCAGAAGUCCCAUGUUUGGCUCCGAGCAGCAGAAGCAGGUGGAGGACCCGAGUCGCGAGGUCAAGAAGGUGCGUAAGGCUCGGAACCGUCGCCAGGAGUGGAACGUCAUGGCCUACGACAAAGAGUUCCGCCCAGACGCUCGCUUCACGCCCUCCCCUUACCAUGGCAUGUCCUCCGAGGGCUCCCUGUCUCCUGACAACAGGUCGGUGGCGUCAGACAUGGGCGACCACUCGUACCCCGCCAGCCCCAGCCACCCCUCCCAGCAGGGGGCGCCGCCUCCGGCCCCGUCCUCCGCCUACUCUGCCCUGGAGGGCAAGGAGCUCCUGAUGGCCCCCAACCAGACUCAGUCCCUCGACCGGCCGUACCGCGCCCCCGCCGCCGCCUCCGCCGUGCCGGCCGGACACAAGACCCUGGGCCGCGCACAGCCCCCGCACGGACCCCCCGCCGCGGACCCCACACUCAACGGGCCCCGCCAGCAAGUGGGCAAGGACUACAGCGGGCCUCAGUCUCAGCACCCAGAGUACUACGUACCCCCAGCACCGCCCCCUCCCCCUCCUCUCAUCCCCUCGGCGCAGACGGCCUUCGACAGCCCGGUGGUGCCCCCCGCACCCCUGCCGCCCGGCGCUCUGGCCGCCCUAUCCCGCUCCUACAGCCCCUCCCCCCCCACCCCUGCCCUGCCCAUCUCCUACACCCCGUCCCCCUCCCACCCCCCCUCCGGUGCGCCUCCGGCUGCCCCCCCGCCCCCUCCUCCCUCCGGACCCCCCACCCACAUGCACGGACACGCGCCGCCCGAUGCCCCUGUGGUGCCCAGGAAGGGCCCCCCCAUGCCGUUCGUACCCAUGAGCGACGCCCGCAGCGACCUGCUGGCCGCCAUCCGAAGAGGUAUCCAGCUGCGUAAGGUGCAAGAGCAGCGCGAACAGGAGGCCAAGAAGGAGCCGGUGGGGAAUGACGUGGCCACCAUCCUAUCCCGUCGCAUCGCCGUGGAGUACAGCGAAUCAGACGACGACUCCGAGCUGGACGAGAACGAAUGGUCCGACUGAAAGAGGCAGGGCUAGAGAAGGGUUGGAGGAGGAGGAUGAGGAGGAGGAUGAGAGAAGAGGAUUAUGGGAUAUAUCCAGGAAGUGUGCUGGCAAAACCAGCAGGAUGUUUAAGGAACUGGUGAAAAGUCGUUGUGAAGGUUAAGGUCAUGUAGCACAAUGCUGUGUGUGUGUGUGAGUGUGUGUGUGUGUGUGUGUGUGUGUGUGUGUGUGUGUGUGUGUGUGGGUGUGUGUGUCUUUAUACGCCACCGCCCUCCCUGUCUUGGAGACCAACUACAAGGAGUCAUCUAAAGGGAGGUCUGUAUCACAGUCCAAGACCCAGACAUAGUUUCACACACAUGUGUACAUAUAAUUUCACCGAGCGGGACCAGGGCCUUGUCUUAAGACCCACAGUAACUGCUAGACAAGAGAGCACCUGUUACAGAUGGCUGUUUUGCAUUUGGCCGUUUGACACUAGGUGAAGGAUCUUCUCAUUCAGCUGUAGAAUUGCCUGUUAUUGAAAACACUUACUUCUGACAUCCUAAAGUCUUAAUAUAUAUUCAGUAUCGGUAGGCUUUUUUAAACUCUCAUAUGUACACACAUACACAUGUAAACACAAACAUAAUUAAUAGCAGUAUGUAGACACACCAUGCAUCGCUCAUAUCCGGUGACUAACUAACCUUCGAAAAUGACCUCACCAUCUUUCGAACUGCAGGCUGGUCGUCCAUGGCAACAGUCAUUUUAGUCCAGUGGCCUCGAAUUGUAACUAGCUGUGAAGGUGGAGGAAGUGAUGUGUGACACAGGAUAUGAAUGUAUACUGUGGCAAGCUUCACAUCACAGCAACAUACCAACUGUUUCCAUGGUGGUGGAACUAAAAUCAGACUAAUUAAAAUAUGAAAAGGUCACCUAAAGCACAAAUAAGGCCACAUCUAUGGCCAAAAAGCAUUUAAUUGGUAGCCCUUUCCCCCACUUUUUUCUUUUUUUUUUAAGCAAUAUCUAUAUAUAACUUUAAUUUAUUUAUGAAAAUGUGAAUUAUAAAAAGCUACCAAGCAUAGACAAGCUACUGUGACGAAAUGUUUGGACAAUCGGGAAAAACAUACCUAAGUUUUAAAUCUCUUUGAAAUCAGUUUGUAUUAGCUAGUAGUGUAUGCCGUCAACUCUUUGACGGUCUUCCUGGUUAAAGUAGACUAAACAUUUGUCACUAUUAUUAUUAUUAUUAUUAUUGCCUCAAGUGAAAUAGGAAAUAAGCUGUGUGCAGUGCAUUUGUUUGGGAUUAUUAUGUUGAUGAGGAGUCUGCUUUUGAGUGUGAAGUACAAACAAAUGAGAACAGUCAAACGUCAAACUCUACGUCGCCUGCAAACGCGUCAGUUAUACUUUUCUGAAACGCUUUUUACCUCCAUGAAUUAUUUCAACCGAUUUCUCUCAGACCUGCGGGUGUCCAGGAAGCGGAGACUGGCCCAAGCCCAGAAGUGUACAUAAAACCUGGGCACGAAGGAGUCUAGUGCGCUACGCUAACUAGCUCAACUUGCCUUUACUGCAUCACUUACAAGCUUGAGUACAACCAGCACACUGUAACGCAACGCUAAUCAAUACUUA